AGCGAGGUUCGGAUUGGAAUGCGACCUGAGGCGCAGCGUGUUCCCUUUCGGACACCGUAAGUACUCGAAGCUUGGCACGGUAAAAAAAAAAGGAUCAUGUACAAGGUAGCAGGUGUGGCUGCUGUGCCUGGAACCCUAUGCCUGAUUUCAGGGACUGUGUUUGCUGCCACCAAGGACAAUCCAAAUGUCACCUUAAAUACAGAUGAGCUCUCCCUCUACACUAUACCGCAGCAGAAGUUCCGCUAUGUGGAGCCGGAGAUAGGGCACUUGGAGCAAGGUGUUACCACUCUAAGGAAACUGGCAGAGCCCUACACUACUUGGUGUCAGCAAACAAGCCAUUCAGCAGUGGAAAAUGUUCAGGGUGCCAUUGGACAAGUGAAGCCCAAGGUUGAAAGUGCCAUCCAAUUAGGAAAUGAGACUUUCACUUUCCUGCAAAACCCUCCUGCUGAAUUCUACCCCCGGGCUGGGGUCAUUGGUUUUGCUGGUAUCCUUGGACUCUUUCUUGCAAGAGGCUCCAGGGUGAAGAAGCUGAUCUAUCCUACAGGACUGAUGGCUGUGGGCUACACUAUGUACUACCCCCAGCAAGCCGCAUCAAUCGCCAAGAACACAGGAGACUCGUUGUACGAUUUUGCCCUGCAGGGCUACGUUAAUGUAGAGAAGGUGUUCAAGUCAGUGGAGGGGAAGCCAAUGAAAAAAGAGAAACCAGAGGAAAAUAAACCAGAAGAAACCAGAUGAGAAGAGCUGCAGAGGCCAAACCAUGAUCGCAGCAGAUACGUUGUGAUACUAGGAUCGUGACAACAAAACAAGAUUAGCAGUCUUCCCAGGUCCUCCCAAUGUAUGCUACCAUAAGUCAUGGUUAGGCUCGCUCCCAUUUGCGACUAAUGACCAGCUUUUGCACUAGCCUUUCUCUCUGGCAUUUACCCAGGAGGGGGCAGGACCUAUCACGAAGUUUUAAACUUAACGUAUUGAAGGUUCAGCUUUCUGAUUUGAAUGUAUUUAUGUAGACCAGAAUAAAAUCUAUAUUGUACGAUC